AUGGCAAAGCUCAGCGAAAACAGCCCCAGCGGGGCCAAGACCGCGCUCAAGCGGAUUGAACACGGUCUCACGUACAAGCACGAAAUCAGAAAGCCCAGCUUCAGACGGCGCUCGCUGUCGCCCCAGAAAACGCAGUCCCUCGCAGUUUCCCCUGCCAGGGUGCCUUUGACCUGUAUCAAAAAGCCCCUCAACAGUAAACUAGUUCCAAUUGCGCUGGGAAAACACGAUCUGACGAAGGCCCUGAGCACGGCAGAGAAGGAAAACGACGACAGUAGCGCCACCGACAUCGAUAAGAUUGAGAUGCUGGACGUGGAGUCGGACGCGGUCGAGGUGCAGUCCUCGCCGGUGGGGUCUCACCAAAAUAGAAUGGGCUACAAAAGACACAUGGACACUCCACUACUUGUCUCGGACGCGAAAAAGGUGCAUUUGGGAGACGAGUCAUUCCAGACUCCGCUGAGACCGGGCUCCCAGAAGCGCGUGACCCCCCACAGAGAACACCAUAGUCGGCUGAUGAACGAUUCGGAUAUCGACUUGCACAACGCCUCGACUGAGAACCCUGUGCUCGACCCGCAGAACAGCCCCCUCGCCAACGUGAGCCACGGACAGCUGCUGGAGGACAAGAUAGACGGCGAAACAGAGGUGAUCAAGGGACUCAGGCACAGGGGUACACAGAUCAACGACAUUUCGGCGAUUGCGGCAGACUCGUCGCUGGACCACCACGCAGACAUCUCGGACUCUGAGGGCGAGCAGGACGAGAGAAUGUCGCCCGUCAAGCUUUCACAGAAAAUCUCUGCCCUGGACGUCUUCAGCGCCAUGAUUGAUCAGGAAGACGAGAUCGAGGACUUUGAGCUUGUUGGUGGCGACGAAGCAGAGGAAAGACCGGUGUUUACGAACUCUCAACUAGAACAGAUCAAGUCUUCCAUGCAGAGCAGUAUUGACGCAUUGAGAGGGGAGGUGGCAGCCCAAUCAGAGAAGCUUGUUUCUACAGAAAGUGCAUUAGCAUCUGUAUCUGCGCAACUGGAAUCCGAGUCCGGGGAAAAGAAACAUCUGUUGAACGAGAAGGCGGAGCUUACUGCGGAGCUUCAAUCAUACAAGCAGUCGAUCCAGUCUUCCAAUGCCAAAAUCAGCCAAUUGGAGUCUCGAGUCAGGUUCUACGAGUCCAAACUCGAAAAGCUGAAAACAAUCUACAGUCAACUGAUGGGAACGGCGAAAAACUUUGAGUCUGAGCUAGCAGACAAGACUGCGCGCAUUUCGGAUUUAGAGACAUCAGUGACCAGCCUGAAGGAGGAGAAAGCCGUGUUGUCCAACGAAAAGAUAGAGCUGUCGUCUACUCUGGAGCUGAGAUUGAACGAGAUUGAGCAACUGACCAAAGAGAAAGAGUCGCUAGAAAACCAACUAAAGGACGUGUCGAGCAAUUCCGAGUCUGCCCUGAAAAAGACUGAAGAUCUUGCCAAGGAGCUUGAUUCAAAGACAAAGGAUGCGAGCGAGUUGCGUGACAAGCUUGACGAGCAAGCGGUCAAGAUCGAGGGUCUUGAACUUGACUUGAGCCAAGCUACCGAGAAACUCAACGCAUACCAGGACGAGUUGAGGUCUGGCGUGGAUAAAAUCAUUGCACUGGAGAACGAGCUGAGUGCUGUGCGCUCGGAGAUCGAGUGUCUGCAGGAGAGGGAGACUUCACUUGUUGAUGAGAACACUAGUUUGAAAGAGGUCAUGGGACACCGUCGCGACGAGAUCAAACGUCUUAAGGCCGAGAAUGAGGAGUUGAGCCAGCAAUUGAGCAGCCGCGCGGACCAGAACACCGAGGAGCUGCUGGAAAAGCUGCGGGAAGAGCUGACUGCGCUGCGAGGCAGCACAGAGGCGCAGAUCAACGAUCUAAACGCCAAUCUGGAAGCUAAGAACGAGAAGCUAGUGGAAGCCAAGACGGAGGCCUCGACAAUGAAACAGAAAGUGACCACGCUAGAGAGCCAGCUUGCGGAGGCCAACACCAAGAUCCAGGAGCACGACAAGAACCUCGAACAGCAGCUGGAGAAGCUGGCCCAGGACCUAUAUUUGCAGUAUUCUGCCAAACAUGAGCAGAAGGUUGCGAUUUUGAAGAAGGGCUACGAGAUGAAAUGGAUGAACAAGCUCAAGAAGCUGAACAAGGAGAACGAGCAGCUACGCGGCGAGGUGGAGAGUUUCAAGAGACGGCUGGAGGUCGAGAACAACGAGAAGAAGCAGCUGGUCAAGCUUUGGGAGGAGUAUGUGUCUUUGGAGAGCAACGAUAAGGCGAACGCUUUGCCUGAUUUCAUCAAAAAAGCUGAGGAUUGA